GCGUAUCGCUUCUUUUAUAUGUAUUCAGCUCGACUAAAGCUCACUGUAGUCGUGUUUUGGCUUCCACGAAGUCGGGCGUUUGUGGAAGAGGCUUUUAAUUUGAUAGUCCGUAGCGGAAGCCGUUAAAAAAGUCUCGCGCACUUGUCGCUCUGCGUAGAGGGGGGAGAGCGGGGGAGGAGGACGGAGGAAGAGGACAAGAGGAGGAGAGGAGGGUGCUGGUGGAGGGACAUUCAGUCAUUGUUACCAACUCGAGGAGCGGCGAAGACCCCGCUUACUCCCCGAAUUUUGCGGACAGCGUUCAGGCAGAGCAUCGUUUCCACAGGGGGUCGUCGCUCAUAUUUCCUCCAGCAUCAUCGCCGUCUGUGAAGGCAGGAGACGGAGGAGUGUUUUCAGCAUCUUAAAGGACCACAGCAUCACCUAGGUGAUGGAGGCCCUGUGACUCAGUGUAGUCAUGGUGAUGGAUGCAGCCAACUUGGCCCUGUUGGAUUACGCUGCUCAGCCCACGGUGUUUCUCUGUGAUCUAACAAGGAGGAAGGGGCAAACAGAUAGUCCUUAAGUCUGGUAAUUUUUCCCACUUCCUGGUUAAAAGCCCACGAUGCUGACAGGGCUCGAGCCCUCUCCGUGAGCCGUCGUCUCCUGGGUCUUGCUUCUUUUCUCCCGUACGGAUCAUGGAUCUCCUGUGGGUGCUUUCCGUGUCCAUGCUGACCGUGUGUGUUGCCGUCCCCAUGGAUGCUGUGGCCGGGAGCCACAGUCUGUUUACCUGUGAGCCCAUCACCCUGCGCAUGUGUCAGGGGCUGCCCUACAACUCCACCUUCAUGCCCAACGUCCUGAACCACUACGACCAGCAAACUGCUGCUCUCGCCAUGGAGCCUUUCCAUCCCAUGGUGAACCUGCAGUGCUCCCCGGAGCUCAGGAUGUUCCUGUGUGCGCUCUACGCCCCGGUUUGUACCGAGUACGGCCGGGUCACGCUGCCGUGUCGCCGCCUCUGUCUGCAGGCCAAGAGCGACUGCUACAAGCUGAUGGACAUGUUCGGUGUGAGCUGGCCAGAGGAGAUGGACUGCAACAGGUUCCCGGACUGCGACGAGCCCUACCCCCGCCCCGUGGACCUGCUGUCCGGCUCGGACACGACCGAGUCUCCCAUCUCCGUCCAGAGGGACUACGGCUUCUGGUGUCCCCGCGAGCUCAAGAUCAGCCCCGAGCUCGGUUACUCCUUCAUGGGGGUGCGCGACUGCUCUCCUCCGUGUCCCAACAUGUACUUCACACGUGAAGAGCUGACGUUCGCCCGCUACUUCAUCGGAGUCGUGUCCAUCGUCUGCCUCUCUGCCACGCUCUUCACCUUCCUGACGUUCCUCAUCGACGUGUCGCGAUUCCGCUACCCGGAGCGCCCGAUUAUAUUUUACGCCGUGUGCUACAUGAUGGUGUCCCUGGUAUUCUUCCUGGGCUUCCUGUUGGAGGACAAAGUUUCCUGUAAUGCAGCUAGUCCUGGGAGGUUUAGGGCUUCGACCGUGACCCAGGGCUCCCAUAAUAAGGCCUGCACGCUUCUCUUCAUGGUGCUCUACUUCUUCACCGUGGCCGGCAGCGUGUGGUGGGUCAUUUUAACCAUUACCUGGUUCCUAGCAGCUGUUCCUAAGUGGGGCAGCGAGGCUAUAGAGAAGAAGGCCCUCCUGUUCCACGCCUGCGCCUGGGGCAUCCCCGGCGUCCUCACGGUGACUCUGCUCGCCAUGAACAAGAUCGAGGGAGACGGCAUCAGUGGCGUUUGCUUCGUCGGGCUCUACAACUUAACAGCCCUGCGCUGGUUCCUGCUGGCCCCGCUGGGACUGGAUGUAGUGCAGGAUGGUCAACGAUAGCCGACAAGUGCUCCAGGAGCCCGACUUCACCCAGCUGCUCCUCAGGGAUCCCAACACCCCCAUUGUGAGGAAGUCACGGGGCACAUCCACACAAGGGACCUCCACCCACGCCUCUUCCACCCACCUGGCCAUGCUGGACGAGCCGCCGAGCGCCAGCACCAGCCGAGCCGGCUCCGUGCGCAGCGCCCGCUCCAAGAUGAGCAGCUACCACGGCAGCCUGCACCGCUCGCGAGACGGCAGAUACACGGCCUCCAGUUUCAGAGCCGCAGACGAGCGGCUGCCAUAUGGGAGCCUGCCUCGUCUAAACCACCAAUCACAGUCCAGGCACUGCAGCACCAAUCACCUCGACAGCCUGUCGCGGCACGGCUCCGCCCAGAGGCUCGAGAACCAGUCGCGCCACAGCAGCAUCAGGGACCUGAGCAGCGGGGCCACGGCGGUUCUCGGCGUGCCCAGAAACGGGAUCCACAGAGUCCUGGAGGAGGAUGGAGCGACCGCCUGAAGGGGUGGAGUCUGAGGAGGAGAAUGUCGACGAGCAGCCACUGUGAUGGGUUUGGGAGCUCAGAGCUGAAAUAUCGAUGAAACAAAUGCUGCAUCAGCUUAGUGACAGUCUGGUUACAGAGGGGGGGGGGCACGGGACAGAAAUCUUUGCCUUAAACAUCCUCACAGCUUUAUGACGUAGCCUCCAGUGUGAAUCUUAGCACAGUUUUUAAACUCCACCCAGUCGGGGAACGACGACUGAGCCAGACAACUAAAUGUGACCGACCGCACGAUGCGGCUUACUUUGUAUAAAAGGACUUCGAUGAUGGACACGAGACAUUUGGAGCGCCGUCCUCUAGUCUUUAGUGUUUGGGAGGUUUUUGGGGUGGGGGUGGGGCUUAGAUUUAUUACCCUUGUUCCAGGUUUUCUUCUGUUUAUGAGGGGCAGCCAAUCAGGAGAAGAACUGAUUUCAGUGAGAGGAUGAAACGACUGAAUGAAAGUUCUCAGAUCCAUCCACAGCUUUUAGAUCUCUGCUGAAUCUGAACCUGCUACUCUGCACACGAAGGCAUUUUAAGUCUGCUGAACUUUCUAGAAGCCUCGCCUCAUUUUAAAAGCUGGAUUUUAGUGAGUGUUUUCUUGCACCUGUGCAAUAAUGUUUGGAACGAUACAAGGAAAUCAUGUCAGUCUGUGCUUUGCUGUUUUAAACCCAAGGGCUGAAAUCCAGAGUAUACAUGCUGAAUCCAAACUCCUGCCUUAUGACUGCGAAGAGAACAAACCCAACAGAGGUGAUGAAGCACAGAUUCAAUGACCUCAAGCAGAUCACCAGCGACCUUCAUGGAGCUGUACGGACACCUGAACACAGCUUACCUUCCCUUUCCGUCCGAACACGUUCGCUUUGAGCAGAUUUACUCCGUCCUGUUUGCAAAUGUGUCCUUACUAAAGUUAGAGCAACGUUUCCUCCAGAGGCAAAACAUGUUCAUAGAUGUAAAAAGUGAAUUCCUGUUGGUCAUUUGUAAUAAAGUUUCAAAACAAUCAAAAGCUUCUGAU